AUGUCUACUACAUUUAAUUGGCAAAAAGUUUUUCAACUAAUAGAAUUUAAAGGUAACACGGUGACGAUCAAGAGAUUAUUCCAGCCGAUUUACCAGAAAACCGAACACACGGGUAAUAAAGUGACUGUGGUCGGUGUAGGCCAGGUCGGCAUGGCGGCGGUCUUCUCAAUGCUCACGCAGGGCGUGACCAACAACAUUGCGUUGGUGGACGUGAUGGAAGACAAAUUAAGGGGUGAAAUGAUGGACUUGCAACACGGCGCCGCCUUCAUGAAGAGCUGCAAGAUCCAAGCCAGCAAAGAUUAUUCGAUAUCCGCCGGUUCGAAAAUUUGCGUGGUGACGGCCGGCGUGAGGCAGCGUGAGGGAGAAUCGCGCCUUGACCUCGUACAGCGGAACACCGAUAUAUUGAAGAUUAUCAUCCCGCAGCUAGUUAAAUACAGCCCGGAUGCGGUCUUCAUAAUUGCAAGCAACCCCGUGGACAUACUGACAUAUGUUACGUGGCGUAUCAGCGGCCUGCCCAAGCACCGUGUGAUCGGCUCUGGAACGAACCUGGACUCUGCUCGUUUCCGAUACUUACUAUCGGAGAAACUCGGCAUCGCGCCCACUUCCUGCCACGGGUACAUCAUCGGCGAACACGGAGAUACCAGUGUGCCUAUAUGGUCCGGAGUGAACAUCGCAGGCGUGAGACUCAGUGAUUUGAACUCGAAGAUAGGGAGUGAGGAAGAUUCCGAACAGUGGCGCCAGAUGCAUGAAAAGGUGGUCAAGAGCGCGUAUGAGGUCAUCAAGCUAAAGGGUUACACCUCCUGGGCUAUUGGACUGUCGCUCUCGCAACUCGUCUGGGCCAUCCUGUCUGAUGCAAGCAGCGUGCAUCCCGUGUCUACUUAUAUAAAGGGCAUGCACGGUAUCGAACAGGACGUUUUCCUAUCUUUACCCUGUGCGCUGGGUCAUCGAGGAAUCUCCGAUGUAAUCCUACAGACACUGACCGACAAGGAACUGACUCAACUACGCAAGUCAGCUAAGCUCAUGGCGCAAAUUCAAGCCGGCAUUAAGUUUUGA